UCCACGCCCACUUGACAUCAUCCACACUCGCCAAGAACGCAUGGCAACAUCGCUAACAAGUGGGACGAGAUGCUAACAGAUUGACGGUGUUUUGGUUUUUUUUUUCUUUUGACAUUUAGAACGAUUUUGAGAGAUUCCAAUUGCACUAAACUGGCUUCACCUCCAUGUCGCCAGUCGUUCAUUUGCGUCUUUAUUCAUAUCAGUUGAAUCGCAGCUGCUGGCGAGCCGGUGAAGCACCAAAAUGCAGUCUGUGAAGGUCGGUUUUUUGGCUUUGGUUACGUCCAGAGCUCUCUGCUCAAGUAGGAUGUACUGUCCUCAGUUUGUUAAAAUAUCAUCGGCUCGCUGUCGUGUCAAUUGUUCUGUCAGCAAGACUCGCUUUUGUCAGUCAGCAGCCACGCCAGGGACCGCGGUUAUUCGUGUUCCUCGCUACGUGCUGAAGCGCGUCGAAAACGUGAAGCAGACUCGGGGCAAAAACAAGAUCAACACCAUCAGAGCUGGAAAACUCCUGAUCCAGAGCAAGAACCCCGAUCUGAACCAGUCUGCGGGAUACAUACUUGGGAAGUUCGAGCAGCCCAGUCUCUGCUCGAAAGGAUGGAAACAUAACAAGUCAUUCGGUGACUAUUUCACCAUCAACAACAUCAAGACUGUUGCACCCUAUGUAACGCAAAAGCAGGACGAGGAAGUUGAACAGAAAACAUCAGUGACCUUUAUGAACCUCCACAUUUGCAAGGAGCUGGUGGAAGUUUUGGACAGAAUCAACAUUACCCAUCCCACCACUGUACAGCUGCAGACCAUCCCAAAGGUCAUGAAAGGUCACAAUAUUCUUUGCGCGGCAGAGACGGGCAGUGGGAAAACUCUGAGUUACCUCCUGCCUAUUGUUCACAGACUGCAGGCUGACAAGGAAUCACAGAUGUACGCUGGGAGCUCACGCAAAAUUCAGACUUUGGUUCUCGUGCCUUCCAGAGAGCUGGCUGAGCAAGUGGCCUCUGUGUCCCGGACGCUGUGUGCUCCAUUUGGCUUGCUGACACGGACUGUGGGUGGUGGGCGAGGUGUAGGACACAUCAAGAUGGUCUUCAAGAGGAAUCAUCCAGAUAUUUUAGUGGCUACACCAGGCGCUCUGGUCAAGGCCCUGCGGAGACGUUGCCUGGACUUAGAUGAGCUGAGCUUCUUUGUUGUAGACGAGGCCGACACUAUGUUCGACCCCAGCUUUUCUGACAUGCUGGAGAGCAUCCUGCACCACACAAACAUUGCUAGUAAUCCCAAGCAAACACGGGGCCCUGGCCGUAAAGCCCAGUUGCUGGUGGUGGGGGCCACCUUCCCUGGUGGUGUCGGGGAAGUGCUCAGCCAGGUGACAGACCUUGGCAGCAUGGUGGUCAUCAAGAGUAAGAUGCUGCACUUCCUCAUGCCACAUGUCAAGCAGACCUUCCUGAAGGUAAAGGGUUCUGAGAAAAUCCUGGAGCUCCACCAAAAGCUGAAGCUGCUCCAACAAGAAAAGGGGGGGGGUUCUGUGCUGGUGUUCUGCAACAAGUCUGCCACCGUCAACUGGUUGGGGUACUCGCUGGAAGAGAUGGGCGUUCAGCAUUCACGUCUGCAAGGGGAGAUGCCUGCUACUGUGCGUGCAGGAAUCUUCCACUCCUUCCAGAAGGGCAUGGUGGAUGUGCUGAUUUGCACAGACAUUGCCUCUCGUGGCCUGGACACAUCCGGUGUGCGCUUGGUUGUCAACUAUGACUUCCCAGAAUCCCACACGGACUACAUCCACAGGGCAGGGAGAGUGGGGAGAGCGGGAGGGGUGGAGGACGGGGAGGUGCUCAGCUUGGUCACUCAUCCCUGGGAUGUGGAGCUGGUGCAGAAGAUUGAGACUGCUGCACGUAGGAGAACUAGUUUGCCGGGGAUGGAAUCUGAUAUACAUGAGCCAAAACCCAAAGUAGUGGAGGCACAGGAGUAGAAGAUGUGUCUGGGAUGUGUCUAAGUGGAAAACCUGCCUCUGAAAUUUCUUGCUGUGUGUGUGUGUGUGUGUGUGUGUGUGUGUGUGUGUGUGUGUGUGUGUGUGUGUAAUGUUGUGGUGACACACUAAAUGUACAAAAUGAUUUUAAGCAGAAAUGGUAAGCAAGAUAAGCACUGAUUGCUCAAAACAGUGUGCUGUAAUGUAAGUUUGCCAUCUUCUCAGAAAUUUUCUAAUUUAAAUGUUUGUUUGUAUAAAUGAUUUUGCUCAGCAGUUACUUGUUCAGACUUACAUAUUCUCAUUAUUUUUUUUCUGGCAUCUCAUGCAGCAUGUGUGUUAAUGCUUUCAAUUCAAAGUAAAAUCUGACUGCACAUUC